AUGAACCACACAGGAACUGUCCGGACUAGGAAGUUCAGGACCAACCGACUGCUUCAGUGGAAACAAACGGUCAUUGAUGUUCUUCACCCUCGAAAGGCAACAGUACCUAAAACAGAAAUUCGGGAAAAACUGGCCAAAAUGUACAAGACCACACCAGAUGUCAUCUUUGUGUUUGGAUUCAGAACCCAUUUUGGUGUCGGCAAGACAACUGGCUUCGGCAUGAUUUACGACUCCUUGAAUUACACGAAGAAGAAUGAGCCCAAACAUGGGCUUGCAAGACAUGGCCUGUAUGAGAAGAAAAAGACCAUAAGAAAACAGCAAAAGGAACGCAAGAACAGAAUGAAGAAAGUCAGGGGGACUGCAGAGGGCAAUGUUGGUGCUGGCAAAAAGGAGCAGUAAAGAUUCUGCAGUGACUGUAUCUGUGGUGCUUGUGCAGAUUUUUCAUGAAAGAAUAAACUAAGACCUUUUACAAAAAAAAAAAAAGAGUCCCCAAGGUCAUCUAGAGAUUAUAAAAAAUGAGACCAAUGUUCAGGAAAUAGAGGCUGACUCAGCCUUCCUAGAACUCAGGAAUGAUGUGGCAAAAAGGGAAUGGGUUUUAGAAUCAUGUAUACUUACCCAAACUCUUAUCUUUCCCAUUACUGACUAAAAUUCAAGUUCUGAGCCUUAAUUUUUCUCACUUGAAAAACAGGGAAAGUAACAAUGAUUUUCUGAUGUGGAAUCAACUGUGGUAUUAUACAGAAAACAUCUAGCAGAGUGCUCAGCACAUAACUGGUACACAAUAAAUGUUUACCAAGUAAUAUGCCCCUGUGCCCUUCUCCUGUAGCGAAAACAGAGCAAAGUCUGGCUGGGAGAGACAAGAGAAUUCUUUUCUUAACAUAGCCAUCAUGAGGCCUGUGUUGUAGAUGGCCCCUGGCUGGCAGAUGAGAACUCUCAGUUCUGGUUCAAGCUGCAACUACUAGAUGGCGACUUGGGGCCAGUUGUUUCAUCUCUUCGGAAUUUAGUUCAAUCAUCUUUACAAUGAGCUAACUAGACCACCAGUGCUAAGAUACAGUCCUGAGAUGCUGUUUCUGAAAAACAGUCAGGGACUCUACCCUAAAUAGCCCCCGUGGCAUGCAUCACAGGGACGUGUUGCAAGGACAGAGGGUGGGGUGGUGAGAGGAAGACAUCCUCCAAAUUCUUAGGCCUGGCUGGCUUCAUGGCUGUGUGACCUGUGCAGGCCCAGGAAGGCUGGGUGCUUCACUGAAUGCUCUGCUGCGAGAGUCUCAAGAUUCUCAAUAAAGUUUGAACAACGAGAUCUGCAUUUUCAUUUUAUAGUGAGACCUGCAAAUUAUGUGGUCAGUCCUGUCGCUAGGAGAUGAGUACAAAUAAGUAAGAUAUUUUUCUGUCAUUAAUUAGAGACUGGCAGCAAGACACCCCUGGUGGGUGAGAUAGUUGUCUGGGGCAGAACAGAAGUGGGAGGGGGUUUUGAGGGGGUCAACAGGGAAGGGUGAUGAUGGAUGAACUCUUCCAAGUACAGCUGACCCCUGAACAACAGCAGGGGUCAGAGGUGCCACCCACCUCCUAGUUGAAAAUCCAAGUAUUACUUUACAGUCGGCCCUGCAUAUGUACUGCUCCACGAACUCAACCAACCGAUCAUACAUAGUAUGUAUUUAUUGAAAAAGAAUUCCACGUGUAAGUAAAUCCACGUAGGUCAAACCUGCGUUGCUCAAGGGUAAACUGUACUCUGAACUGUUUCUUUACCUUCUGCUCCUUGCUUCCUCUAAACUACAGCACAAGACUGCCCUCUGGUGGCCAAUGACACGAAUUCUUUCAAAGAUUUCCAAUAUAAGGUCUUCACAUUUCAGCACCUACAGGGUGUUCCAGAAAAAUCUGACAUGCUAUACUGUGUAGUUUGUAAUAAUUAUUAAGCGCUUUCCUCAGUUUCAACUUCCAAAAUAAUCACAAGUAAUAUGAAGACCCCUUUUCUGUUUUCCUGAACAAUUCCCUAAGGCUGCUUUCAUCUGCUCAACAAGAAAUGAUUUUCAAAAUUUUUAAAAAGUACUAGUAGCAAGUAUUCAAUGAUGAACAGCACUGGUCAUUAACAAUGCCAUCAAACUGAUUCAAAUUCUCAGGUUACUUCUGGGUCUGAAUCAGAAUACCCAGAAUAUCAUCAUCUUCAAAACUGGAUGGUCAUUUAGGGGUAGGGUUACGCUUUCAUUCAGUCUGUGCUAAUACACAGGGUGAUAUUCAGACCCAAUGACCCACGUUCAGGCUACUGGCUGGAACAGGCAUUACUGAACAAUUAACUGGAAAAGAAGAGUAAGCAACGCAGUGAUAGAAGAUGAAGAAAGUGAGGAUCCUUGGAGCAAAUCAAUAGUCACAGUGUUCCAGGGGGCGUCUCUCACCCAUAAGCAUCCCCACUGAGAAUCCCACCAGAUGAAAGGGUUCCCGAAGUCCUCCCUUCCAGAUUACCAGGAAGAAAAGAGGGAACUCAAAUAUU